UCACUUAAAUCUCAGAAUUUUUAUAUUUAUUUUUCUUUUAUUCUCUCUCUUUCUUAUUGAUAAUUUUGGAACAGAAGUUUUCUUACUUAAUACAUUUAAAAAACAGUAUUAUAUAAUUUAAUUUUAAUUACAUAAUUAUAUAAUUAUUACUAAAAUCAAGUGCUUAUAAUUAUUUUUCCUAGCAGACGAAAAAAUAUUACUAUAUCAUCGGAUCAUCCUUAUAAACAAACAACGAUCUCAAUGGAAAUAGAAAUGGGCGAAUAAUCACAUGUGAUCGAUAUCGAUAUCGAUAUCGAGCCUAUACUCGAAAAAAUAUAAAAAAUGACUGUCUAGCGUCCCGUCACAGACGUAUGGAAGAGGUUUCCUUUUGUGAGAAUGCCUCAAAUCAUGGCAGAGGCAUUCGCGAGAGGGCUGCUAGACAAGAUAAUGAUAGAAGUUCUGGACGUUAUAGAUCGCAACGCGCAGAACGAGAAAUCAUGGGGAUACCACGAGGAAACAGGCGAUGCCCGAUCGGAAUACCUAUGCGACGAAUCACAAGUGCACGAACGUACCCGCACAAAUUAUAGCAAGGCCGAAGAAAUGGAAUUGAUCGCGAAGAUAGUCAACGGCUUGCGCGACAUACAGAUCGGAGACUCGCGUUACGUACUGCCGCCUUCAUUGUUGGAGAAACAGGUGAAGUGCGCCACAUGCACCGUUGACACGUCACCUGCAAAUCCGGCGACCGAUGUGACCGAAGCUCAGCGCACGACUCAGGGUCAAGGCGACAUACAUCAGAUUGUGCACGCAGCGGUCCUCGAGUCGCCAACCGAGCCUACGGAGUUGUCGGAGUUGAACCGGAAAGAGAAAGAAGCCGAGACCAGGGAAGCGACCACCGUGUCCGUCGGCCUGCUGCAUCAGCUGAUAGAAGAACUAGAGACUAAGGCAGUUCCGACCAGCUCCAAGAACGAUGCCCUGUUAGAUUCAACCAGCAAGGAACGUUUCUUAGUUUGGGAGGAGAAGGAGGAACAGCUUAUCAGGACUAUCGAGGGCAAUGUUGGCGACACGCAAGAGAUCACGACGAAGACUCCUCGAGAGAGUGAGUUUGCGACGAGCCGCUUCCGCAUCGUCAAAGUGAAUCACGAGGACGAGCUGGAGCCCCGCUCGAGUCAGCACGUGACGUCCGCUUUGGGAGAAGUCGACCUCGAGGAGAUUCAUAUCGAGGAACGCGAUUCGAACCCGACAUCGUCGUCGAAGCUACCGUGUGACGACGCCACAAUGGAGCGAAUUCUGCCCGUCGACGCGAAGAAGCGAAAGGCGUUUGGCGAUGCAAAGACGAAGACGAGGAAGAAAGGCCUCGGCAGCAGAUUGAGGCGGUUUUUCCGCGUCGCUUUCGGCCGCCGGGAAAAUUAAAGUGCGAGGAAGGGAAUGUUACUUCGCGAUCUACGUCGAGCGCAACGAUGGCCGAAACAAAUCCCCGUUCUCGUACGCGGAGCAGCUUCUCAGUCACGCAUUUUUCAGGCGGACAGCAUGUCGCUUGUCCGCGAAUCCAGCGAGUAAAAAUAACCGACCCGACAUAGUCACCGGUCGGUAUUCGUAACUUCGGCGUCCCUUACGACUUAAGCACGACGCAAAUUAUUCUGUACAUUCCUAAACGGUAAUCGCAAGUGUUGUUCCAGCGUGCAAAAUCCUGUAAAAUACAACAUCUGAUGAUCUCACAUUGCAUGUCAUGUUCUUGCGGCCUAGAUAGAAUAUUGCGAUUUAGCGGGGAAUUGCUGAGCGAUUUCGUAGGGAACAAAACGAAGGGAACAAUAGUUGCAGAGUCUGAUGUUGCGGACGUCGAAGGCCGAAUAUUUUUGCCUGACACGUCCACGAGACGCUGCAGAUCUGGCAACCCUGACACGACGUCGUCGUCGACGUCGAAACCCCCAUUUAUCGUAGCCGGAAGAGGCAACUGGUCGACUCAUGCCUCUCGAACUGUUUUUGGACCGC